UUCGGGUGAGGCGGCAAUUGUUCGUCACUCACGUUGCGAAUCGUUGAACGAGUAACAACUCACGCCCAAGUAUUAGAGACUCCGUCUCCUUUAUUAGAUCCAAAGGAAAAGAAAACUAGACAAAAUGUCGAAAGCACCCGCUGUUGGUAUCGAUCUUGGAACAACUUACUCCUGUGUCGGAGUUUUUCAACAUGGAAAAGUCGAGAUCAUCGCUAAUGAUCAGGGAAACAGGACAACUCCUAGCUAUGUCGCAUUCACUGACACUGAACGACUUAUUGGUGAUGCUGCGAAAAACCAGGUCGCCAUGAAUCCCAACAACACCAUUUUCGACGCAAAGAGACUGAUCGGUCGUCGUUUCGACGACGCAACAGUGCAAGCAGACAUGAAGCACUGGCCAUUCACAGUGAUAAACGACAACACCAAGCCGAAGAUCCAGGUCCAAUACAAAGGCGAGACGAAGACCUUCUACCCCGAAGAAGUCUCCUCAAUGGUCCUCGUUAAGAUGAAGGAGACAGCCGAGGCUUACCUCGGUCAAACCGUCACCAACGCUGUGAUAACAGUCCCAGCGUACUUCAACGACUCGCAGCGUCAGGCAACGAAGGACGCUGGCACCAUCUCCGGUCUGAAUGUGCUCCGAAUAAUAAACGAGCCAACAGCAGCAGCCAUCGCCUACGGUCUCGACAAGAAGACCAUAGGUGAGCGCAACGUCCUGAUCUUCGACCUGGGUGGCGGUACCUUCGACGUCUCCAUCCUGACCAUUGAGGAGGGUAUCUUCGAGGUGAAAUCAACAGCUGGUGACACCCACUUGGGAGGAGAGGACUUCGACAACAGAAUGGUGAACCACUUUGUCCAGGAGUUCAAGCGAAAAUACAAGAAGGAGCUCACCAGCAACAAGAGGGCCCUUCGUCGUCUGAGGACAGCCUGCGAGCGUGCGAAGAGAACCCUCUCCUCCUCGACCCAAGCGAACAUCGAGAUUGAUUCUCUGUACGAGGGAACGGACUUCUACACCUCGAUCACUCGUGCUAGAUUCGAGGAGCUGUGCGCAGACCUCUUCAGAGGCACCCUGGAGCCAGUGGAGAAGUCCAUUCGUGACGCCAAGAUGGACAAGGCACAGAUCAACGACAUUGUCCUCGUGGGAGGCUCCACCCGUAUCCCCAAGAUCCAGAAGCUCCUGCAGGACUUCUUCAAUGGAAAGGAAUUGAACAAGUCGAUCAAUCCUGAUGAGGCUGUUGCCUACGGAGCUGCUGUCCAAGCAGCUAUUCUUCAUGGAGACAAGUCUGAGGCUGUGCAGGAUCUGCUUCUGCUCGAUGUGACUCCACUGUCACUUGGUAUUGAGACUGCUGGAGGUGUGAUGACUGCUCUCAUCAAGAGGAAUACCACAAUUCCUACUAAGCAGACCCAGACGUUCACCACUUAUGCUGAUAACCAGCCUGGUGUGCUGAUCCAGGUUUAUGAGGGAGAACGAGCCAUGACGAAGGAUAAUAAUCUUCUGGGCAAGUUUGAGCUCUCUGGGAUCCCACCAGCUCCUCGUGGCGUCCCCCAGAUCGAGGUCACCUUUGAUAUCGAUGCUAAUGGCAUUCUGAAUGUCUCUGCUGUUGAUAAAUCCACUGGUAAGGAGAACAAGAUCACUAUUACCAAUGACAAGGGACGUCUCAGCAAGGAGGACAUCGAGAGGAUGGUGAAUGAGGCUGAGAAGUACAGGAGUGAGGAUGAGAAGCAGAAGGAGACCAUCUCAGCUAAGAAUGGACUCGAGUCGUACUGCUUCAACAUGAAGAGCACUGUUGAGGAUGACAAGCUCAAGGACAAGAUCUCCGCCAGUGACAAGCAGGUUGUGCUUGACAAGUGUAAUGAGAUCAUCAAGUGGCUCGAUGCCAAUCAGCUUGCUGAGAAGGAGGAGUACGAGCACAAGCAGAAGGAGCUCGAGUCCAUCUGCAAUCCCAUUGUCACCAAGCUGUAUCAGGGAGCUGGGGGCAUGCCUGGGGGAAUGCCUGGAGGCAUGCCAGGAGCUGGUGGUGCACCUGGAGCUGCUCCAGGAGGUGGAGCCUCUGGACCCACCAUCGAGGAGGUUGAUUAAAUUGGGGGACGACCAGGGGAGGAGGGUCUUUUCGAUUUUUGAGCAUUUUCGUAUUCACAACUCGAAAAUUUGGGUGAGACUUGGGAGGAACAGAAGGACAUAGAAAAUGAGGAUAUCGCUUUGAGUAACUUUUCUCACGUGCUAGGACUGUAAACUUUUUUUUAUUAUGCAGAUUAUGGCGUAACUUUAAUAAUUUAUUGAGCAACAUUCAAUUCUGGAGAUAUUGUAAUAGAGAUGUGAUUUUUUUUCUAUGUAAAUAAAGCGGUUCUGUUCCAAAUCCUAUA